GCAGCGACGGGGGAAAGAAGCAAAGGCCGACUAACAGGUAGCGAAGAAGAGCGAUGGCGCGCAGAAACACAGAUGGAAGCAAACUCUUCAUGACGGUGAUGUGCACGGUGGCAGCGUGCAGUGCCGUCCCCAUCAGUGACCUGCUGGACCGGGCGUCUCAGCGCUCGGACAUGCUGCACUCCCUCAGCACAACACUCACCCAAGACCUGGACUCUCACUUUCCUCCUAUAGGCCGGAUGCUCAUGCCCCGUCCCUCAAUGUGCCACACCUCCUCUCUGCAGACACCCAUUGACAAGGAGCAAGCCCUGCAAGUAUCAGAGUCAGACCUGUUGGCAUUGGCUCGCUCCCUGCUCCAAGCCUGGCUAGACCCCCUGGUAGUCCUGUCCACCUCUGCUAGGACUCUGCCUCACCCAGCCCAGAGCAGCAUAUCCAACAAGAUCCGGGAGCUGCAGGAGCACUCCAAGAACCUGGGAGACGGCCUGGAUAUUUUAUCUGGCAAGAUGGGUCCAGCAGCUCAGGCCAUCUCCCUACUGCCCUACGGAGGAGACAACGACAUCGGCGAGGACAGGAUUUCCAGACUGACCAACUUCCAUUUCCUGUUGUCCUGCUUCCGCCGGGACUCCCACAAGAUCGACAGCUUCCUGAAAGUCCUACGCUGCCGGGCUGCAAAAAUGAAACCAGAGAUGUGCUAA